AUGUCUGUCUUCUUCAAAGAGGCUUCGCCGAACAAUCCGGUGAAGAAAGGUGAUGUCGAUAACGUCUUGGGGCGAAUCGGCGUUGCCAUCAAGGAGCAAGACUCGGACGACUUUCACCAGCUCCUGGCCGCUAUCCAUGACUGCGCAGAACACAUCUCCGAACUCCCCGACUAUCAACCCACACCCGACGUGAAGAAAUACCCGCGCGAGAACGUGCAUCGACCAACAGCCGACCAACAAGAUUUCGGCAACGCAUGGGCGCACAAGUUCCUUAUCAGAGGUGAUCCCAAUGGGUCUCUCUUGAAGAACCGGUCGGUAUGCCUGAAGGAUUGCAUUGCCGUUGCAGGUGUACCACAGUUCUACGGUAGCGAUGCUUUUCCUGCGUGGACUCCAAGCACGGAUGCGACCAUCGUAACGCGAUUACUCGAUGCGGGCGCAAGCAUCGUGGGAACAGCGACGUGCGAGAACUUUUGCAACUCGACAUCUUCCUUCACCAGCGCUCAGGGGAUUGUUGAUAAUCCCCAUAGAAAGGGUUACUCUGCUGGUGGAAGCACUUCAGGAGGCGCCGCGCUGGUGGGAUCUGGUUUAGUUGAUUGCGCCAUUGGAGGAGACCAAGGAGGAAGUAUCCGCGUACCUGCUUCUUUGUGCGGAUGCGUUGGAUUUAAGCCUACUCAUGGGCUUGUUCCUUGGACUGGCAUCACUAGCGGCGAUGCCAUUGACGAUCACGCUGGGCCAUUGACCCAAUCCGUUUACGACGCUUCCCUAUUUCUCGACGCUCUUGCCGGAAAUGACGGUAUCGACGACAGGUCGUUCGCUUCUGGAGCCCAUGGGUCACAUGGUUACGCAGAAUCGCUUGUGAAGUGGAAUGAUCAAUGUCCCAGCUUAGCCGGUGUCAAAAUUGGCAUUUUGAGGGAGGGAUUUGACCCAGCGGUUUUCGAUCCCAACGUUAAAGAAGUUGUCCUCUCUGCUGCCAAAAAGUUUCAGCAGCUAGGCGCCACGGUUGAGGAGGUUUCUAUUCCCUCCCAUCUCGAAGGCCCAGCUAUCUGGACCAUACAACAGAGGAUCUCGGGAUCUCUCACCAUCCUCGGCCAAGCUCAUGGAAGAAGAGGACUUCAACUCACCGAGUUUGAGCACGCAAGACUCCCUUGGACCACGGAGAACUUCCAGAAACUCUUCCCGUCCACCCAAAACACAAUCAUCAACGGUCUCUACCUGAUGGACAAGUUCCCAGGUCUUUACGCCAAGACUGUGAACCUCGGUCGCAAGAUCAGCGACGACUACGAAAGGGCUCUAUCCAAGUUUGACGUCCUCGUCAUGCCGACAACGCCUUAUGUGGCCCCUCAGCACGGUAGCCGUGGAACACCGCGUCAAUGUUUUGAGCCCAGCAUCGGUCUUACAUCUAACACUGCCGUGUUCAACGUAACGGGUCACCCAGCCAUGUCGUUGCCAGUGGGAUUCGCACCCGCCAAGGAGGACUCCAAGGUCUUGCUGCCGGUUGGCAUGCAAAUAGUCGGGGGCCUGUGGCAGGAGAAGAAGAUUCUCAAGGUUGCGCAUGCUUGGGAAACUGCUUUUGACUGGAAGUCAACCCCGACUACUACUAGUGACACCCCAGAACUGAUUGUGGAGACCUCCACUUCAUCGAGAAACUUACCCCAACUCCAACGACUCCAAAGACUAGUCUCCAUGGCCCCAGUUUGUCGCUUGGGCGGCCUUCAACCGCCUGUCCAGCGCAGACGACGCCGUGGAGUUCCCCACGUAUGUUCGCACUGCGCAAGGUCCUUCAAACGCUCCGAACACCUGGAACGACAUGUUCGUACUCAUACCAAGGAGAAGCCAUUCCUGUGCAGCUGUGGAGCGGCGUUUACGCGCCGAGACCUCUUAACUCGACAUCAGCGCAUUACAUUUCACCAAGGCGAUGCGGUGGAUCAAGCAAUAUCACACCGGCCGCUGGAGCCAGACCUGGCCGCCGCCGCCGCUGCCGAGUCGCUGUCGACGCUGUCCGGGCUGAAUGCUCCUCCGUGGGUUCAACCGCCUGCCUCCGCUGCAGUGUAUGUAGAUGUGAGCCAGCGUGGGAUCGUGUCACAGACGAUAUCCGCCGAGGCAUGUAAUCAGACUCUCAUGGCUCCCCAGAUGCUUGACCAGGGCCAAGACAUGAGCGGCCUCGAUCAGUUUCGGGAGUUUGCAGAGUUUCUCGACGGUGUAGGCCUCCCGGCUGAGUGGAGUCCAUACUUCCAGAACCCAGAAAGAGAGUCGGAGGCUGGAGACCAGGAAACAGGAGAGCUUGAGGCUUCAGCUGUCCAUCCUCACUCAGGGCCUGUCACUAGGCCUGGCACCCCCUUCAGCUCUUGGUUGCCUUCCGCACCUGAAAACGACAGAAUCACUGGAGCAGAUCCUCGAGUUCAUGAAUUCUCGCCUCCUUUAUUCAAAAUCACCGAUGAGCAACGAUCUCGAUUAGAUCAAUCGCUGGAACCGUUCCGAGGGGUUCUCGAUCCUGACUUUCGCCUACCUUCACGACAUGCCCUGACCAGAUACGUUACGUCGUACUUUGAAGGAUUCCACACCCACUUGGUGUUCAUCCACGUCCAUACUUGGAAGGUCCUCGAUAGCCCAUUGGAACUGGUCCUUUCUAUUGCCGCCCUCGGUGCACAGUACUGUCUGGAGCACCGAAACUCUGAGCGUCUGUUCCACGCAGGGAAAGCAAUUCUGUUUGAGAGGCUAUUUCACGAGCGCGACAAGUUCGGGCCCAAGACAACCAGUCUUCUAAGCAUGCAGACUGGCCCUCAGCAGAGACAAGCGCUGAGCAACGGAGGGUCUGUUAUGUCCGGCAUGUCUGGUAUGGAUUGUGGGCUGUGGGAGCCGAUUGACACUGUUCGUGCCCUGAUAAACCUCAUGGGCUACGCGACAUGGGAGCCCAAGGAGUCUCUGCUUCAGGAGGCGUUCACGUUGCAAAGCCUGCUGGCGCAAGUUCUUCGAGACGUCGGCCUAGAAGAGGAGAAAGAACCAGAGUGUUCUUCGGAUCUUGCGUCUUUGCACACGGCCUGGUUAGCAUGGGUCCACCAGGAAUCCGUCCGCAGGGCAAAACUCAUCGCGUUUUCAUUCAUCCACAUCCACAGCGUCGCCUACAACGUCUACCCGGCGCUCAGAAGCAACGAGAUUCACCUGAGGCUGCCCUGUUCGACCAAAGAGUGGAAGGCUCCAGCGGCGAUGCAGUGGCAGUUGGCUCGGCAAGAGGUGCGGAAACAACAGCUACACUUCCAGGAUGCUUUAGGGCUGCUAUUGCGUAACCUUGAUUGCGGAGUGGCAUUGGACCCAAUCCCCACGCCACUCGGGAAUUAUGUCUUGUUGCAUGGACUAUUGCAACGAAUAUAUAUAGUUCGCGACCUUUCUUUGCCAAUCAUGGAUCACUCUGCGUCUCUUCCAGCCGAGGAAGUAGAUAAACUUGAGCGCGGCCUUCGGUCAUGGACUACAAGCUGGCAACAGGCACCAGAAUCAAGUCUUAAUCCCAACAACGAGAAUGGGCCGAUUCCUUUCACCUCGAGCUCCUUGCUUGGGCUCGCCUACGUCCGCAUAUAUCUCAACCUCGGCCCAUAUCGACAACUAGACACCCGAGAUCCAACGCGGAUAGCAAAGGCCAUGUUAAAAUGCCCUGGUGUUGAGCGAAGCGACGGCGUCAUAUCAGCCCUGCUGUAUGCUACUCAUGCGUUGAGCAUCCCGGUCCGAUUAGGCGUUGACCGUGUCGCCCGGAGCCAGGCGUUCUUCUGGAGCGUUCGACAUUCGCUAUCGGCACUAGAAUGCGCAGUUCUUCUCAGCAAGUGGCUUUGUUCUCUCCAGUCUUCGGUAAAAGCGGUACCUCUUACUGGCAGCGAAGAUCGCAUAUUACACUGGGUUCGGUGCAUUGUCGAAGAAGCGUACGCAGUAGUAGACUUUGACGAGGAGGAAGAGGCUGGACUCCGGCUGGACCCCCAAGGUCUCAGUUUCGCCGUGUUGAAAAUAUGGGCUCACUUCUUCAAGAGGAACACCCAGUGGCCCUUCAUCAACAUUCUCGGUGCAAGCCUGGAGAAGUACAGAGACCAACUGAUGCGCAAUUGCCAACAGAGACCAUGA